CGGCGCCGUUGCGGCGGGACCGGGGCCUCCCGAAGGAUCCCGGCGGAUCCCGAAGGAUCCCGGUGCUGCCGGCAGGGGCGGCAGCAGCCCCCCCGCGCUCUCAGAGCCUCCCGAAGCGGCGGGCGCGGCCGGUGUCCCCGCGCUCGCUGCCUGCCGCCGGUAUCCAGGGACUCGGCUCCGUUGCUGAGGGCCCGGCCAUGGUGCGGCUGCACGUCAAGCGCGGCGGCGAGAGCCAGUUCCUGCUGGAGGCGCCGGGCAGCGCCCGCCUGGCCGAGCUGGCGCCGCUCGUCGCCCGCAUCCACAACGGGCGGCUGAAGGUGCAGCGCCUGUGCUCAGAGAUGGAGGAGCUGGCAGAGCAUGGUAUUUCCUUACCUUACAAUAUGCAAGGACUGACAGAUGAGCAGAUCGAAGAGCUGAAGUUAAAGGAUGAGUGGGCAGAGAAGUGUGUCCCAAGCGGCGGAAGCGUCUUCAGGAAGGAUGAAAUGGGGCGAAGAAAUGGAUUUGCUCCAAAUGAAAAAAUGCAGCAAGUUAUAAAGAAAACAAUAGAAGAAGCCAAGGCAUUAAUCUCUAAGAAACAAGUUCAGGCCAAUGUGUGUGUUAAUAUGGAGACGGUGAAAGAUGCAUUGGAGCAGCUCCGCGGGGCUGUCAUCAUUGUGUAUCCAAUGGGAUUGCCUCCACAUGAUCCAAUUAGGAUGGAGUUUGAAGAUAAAGAAGACUUGUCGGGAACUCAUGCUGGAACUGAAGUUAUAAAAGAAUCAGAAGCACAGUUGUGGUGGGCAGGAAAGCAGUUAGAAGAAACAAAGUUGCUCUCUGACUAUGUAGGCAAAAAUGAGAAAACGACCAUCAUUGUCAAGAUCCAAAAAAAAGGACAAGGAGCUCCGGGGCGGGAGCCUGUGAUCAGCCAUGAAGAGCAAAAAGAGAUGAUGCUGUACUACUACAGGAAGCAGGAGGAGCUGAAGAAACUGGAGGAGGAGGACGACGACUCGUUUCUAAAUGCUGAGUGGGCAGACAACCAUGCUCUGAAAAGGCAAUUUCACGGUGUAAAAGACAUCAAAUGGGGUCCAAGAUGAAGCUCUGCAAGCCCCUUCUUAAGCUGCUCGGUUGAUGCUCUUGUUUGAAGCAAGGGGUUGUGUUGUGUGUGGUAGAUACUUCUGACAGCAGCUGAAAUUGUCACUUCUGUGGCCUUAGAUGUUCAAUAAACGUUUGUAUUUCUCUGUAACUGCAGCAGCACUUUCCUCUGCAAAGAAAUGGACAAAUUCUCUUGACAUUUGGUAUUUUAUUAGAAACUUGUAAUUUGGAUAUGGAAAUGUCAAUCUCUUUCAUAGGUAAGAAAUGUAGUAAAUAUGCACUGGAAUGUU